UGUUCAAUCGCCCCAGUCUAUCUCAUUUAUCGAUCCAACAUGGCGGCGACCAUGGCGUCUAAUAACCUUGACUAUUUGAACGAAAUGCGUAAGCACUUUGAGUGCAAUACGAAAACCAAAGAUUUCACUGCACAUAACUCGAAGGUUCAUUCUGUGUCUUGGAGCUGUGAUGGCAGACGUCUGGCAUCUGGCUCGUUCGACCGCACAGCAAGUGUAUUUGUUCUUGAUAAAGACAGAUUGACUCUGGAUCAUAUAUACAAGGGACACAAUGAGAGUGUAGACCAGCUGUGCUGGCAUCCCUCCAACCCUGAUCUCUUUGUAACUGCAUCUGGUGACAAGACAAUACGCAUCUGGGAUGCACGCAGCAUCAAGUGCGUCCAUGUUGUGAACACUAAAGGAGAAAAUAUCAAUAUUUGCUGGAGUCCAGAUGGUAACACUAUUGCAGUAGGAAAUAAGGACGAUCUUAUUACAUUCGUGGACACAAGGACAUAUAAAUCAAAGCACGAUGAACAGUUCAAGUUUGAGGUGAAUGAGAUAUCCUGGAACAAUACAAAUGACUUGUUCUUCCUCACAAAUGGCCAUGGCUGUAUUAAUAUCUUAAGCUACCCUGAUCUCAAGCCCCAACAGACGUUACACGCCCACCCUGCCAACUGCAUCUGCAUCAAGUUUGACCCCAUGGGAAGAUAUUUUGCAACUGGCAGUGCUGAUGCUUUGGUUAGCUUAUGGGACCUGGAUGAGUUGGUCUGCGUCAGGACAUUCUCAAGACUUGACUGGCCGGUGCGAACCCUAAGUUUUAGUCAUGAUGGAAGAAUGCUGGCAUCGGGAUCAGAAGAUCUCAUCAUUGACAUUGCCAUGGUAGAAACAGGCGAGCGCAUCUGCGAGGUCCAGUGUCAUGCCCCCACCUUUACAGUUGCUUGGCACCCGAACAAACCAUUACUUGCCUUCGCCUGUGAUGAUAAGGACAAACAUGAUCGAGAUGCUGGUACAGUGCGACUGUUUGGACUCCCAACUUCUUCAUAGCGGAGCCUACCAUUCCUGUCAUGAAUCUAGCUUUGCCAGACGUGACUUUGUGAUAAGGUCUACUUAUCUCAGCAAUCCCUGUCGACAUGUCCUGUCACAAACCUAGCCUUGUCUGGCGUGACACUAACAUGGUAAAGUCUUCUUGUCAUAUGAAUUCCUGUACCAUGUCUGCAAGUCCUGACAUAGAUCUAGCUUUGCCGGAUGUGACAUUGUAAUAAGGUAUACUUGUCAUAACAGCUAUACCACGCCUGCAAGUCUUACAAUGAAAUUCCUUUGGCUUGGCCUGACAUUGUAUGCUACGGCAGCCCCUGCGAAGCCGUACAGACUUCGAAGCUUGUAUUCGGACUUUUUUAUUGACACACCUGCGAAUCUUGUCAUGAAACAAUCACCGCCUGCUUGGCGAUGGCUCAGUCCCUACUGCGAGAAUUAUAUUCGGACACCACUUCGUAGUCAAGUUAUCAAAUCUAACUUUGUGAUAUGUAAAAAUACACGUGAGACACCCCAUAUGAGUACCUUUAGAGUUUUUCAGAUGGUGCCAAAAUAAGUACCUUCAGAGUUUUUCAGAUGGUGCCUAUAGGCGCCUAUAGGUUCUGUGUUACUAUGUUCUUACACGCGGGCUUGUACUUCUGUAUCACAUCACACAUACGCAGGAUUGAGAAGGGGUGAGGGAUCUGCAGACAUAAAAAAAGACCGUUUUUGGGCGGUCUAGGAGGAAAGAAGUUACGUCCAUCUUGAGCCACGUGCACCGAGCCUAGUAUCUACUAGUUAGCUUUACUCGCCAAGACUGUAAAUCGUAUUAACUGUAUUUUUAUUAAAAAUCAUAAUUUAUAAUAAAUUAGAAACAACAUG